AUGAUCGAGCGGUGGAACAAGGAAAUUGAUACGUACCUCACCUUCGUAGGUCUCGUUCCAGAUGCGGAUCGAACUUGUCUCACGGAAGAUGGACAGGCUGGUCUUUUCUCCGCGGUGCUCACCGCCUUCAACGUGGAGUCCUACUUGCUCCUGCAGCCCGCCACGCCCGACGCCACCCUACUCGCGCUACAGCAGAUCUCUCUGCAGCUCAGUAGCUUCUCUACUGGCCCUCCACCGGCCUUCAUCAAUUCGACCCAUCCGGCGUUGCAGCAAGGAACCGCUCCCGCGCCACCCAUUCCUCGCACGGCGAUCUGGCUUAAUAUCCUAUGGUUCUCGUCCUUGAUCCUCAGCCUCUCGUCGGCCUCUAUUGGGAUGAUGGUCAAACAGUGGCUAAACGAGUACGCCAGCGGCAUCUCAUCCGAACCGGGAGGCUCGCGACAGACCGCCCGUCUUCGACAAUUCCGUCUCAACAGCGUUAUCAGGUGGCGUGUCGGAGACAUCGUGAACACCAUCCCUGUUCUGCUGCAAGUCUCAGUGGCUCUGUUCCUCGCCGGCCUCCUGGUCCUGCUAUGGACCCUCCACCCUACUGUUGCGGGUGUGGCGUCCGUCUUCGCGGGCUCGUUGGGCACAUUCACCACCUUCACCGUGCUCCUCCCGUCGAUCAAGCCUGGCUGCGCGUAUCUCUCUCCCCCAAGCCUU